AUGGCAUUUUAUAAUGUAGGUGGACGACCUUCUUCAGAUGUAUGGCAAUAUUUUGAAAAAAAUACAUCUAAAUCAAAAGGUCACUAUACUGCAAAAUGUAGAUAUUGCUUGAAAUUUUGGAGAAGAGGAAUUCCAGAUAAAUUAGAAGCACAUCUUGCACUUAAAUGUGAAAAAGUUGAUAGAGAAAUUUCUCAAAUAUAUUUAAAAAAACUUGCAACUAAAAAUUCAGUAUCAGAUGUUGAGUCUGAAGAUAAAAUGUCAAUAAGUACAGCAACAAAUUCAAGGAAUUCCUCUAGCUCUAAAAAAAAAAGGAAAACCAAUAAUAAUUUACAUUCAUAUUAUGAAAAUACUAAUUGCAAUAUUGAACAAAAACAAAAAUUAGAUCAGGCCUUGUUACGUGCAUUUGUUGUAUGUGGGAUACCUUGGAAUGUUGUAUCUAACCCAUUUUUUAUGGAUUUUAUGAAGUUGGCUAAACCUGGAUAUGAUCCAGCUACACGUAAAGAAUUAUCAGAUAUUGAGAAAACCAUGUUUUAUGUACCAAAAAAAAAUAAUGAUAUUGAUUUUUCUAGUGUGGCUAACUCAGAAACAGUCAUCGAUGGAUUGGAUCUCGAAGAAGAGGAAUCAUUUACAUCACUUGAAUUAGAAGAGGAUCUAUCUGAUGUUUCUGAUAACAACAUUGAUAAUAAUAAUUUAUCAAUUGAAUCAAUAAUUGAUUUAUCAGUAUUAAUUUCAGGCAGUGAUAUUUCAGCCCAAGAUAUAACUAGUGAUAUAACUAGUCCAUUUGCAGAAGGUAUAACUGAUUAUAAUCCUCAUGAAUUAGUUGCUAAUUUGGUGACAGAGGAUGAAUAA